GCGCGCGGGACAACAUGGCUGCGCCCGCGCGGGAGCAGGCUCGGGGCCGCCGUGCGGGGCUCGGCCUGAUGCUGGUGCUGCCGCUGCUGUGGGCGCCGGGCGCCGCGGCGGGCGCGGGGGAGGCCGGGCCGGGCUCGUGCGGCUGCGGCUCCCCCCGGCGGCCCGGAGCGCAGGGCGCCUCGGCAGCCGCGCGCCGCUACUCGCGCGAGGCCAACGCCCCGGACCCGGACCCCGGAGACCCGCCCCGCGGCCUGGCCAAGAUGGUCCCCAUCCCCGCUGGUGUCUUCACCAUGGGCACAGACAACCCCCAGAUCCAUCGGGACGGGGAGGCGCCCGCCCGGAGGGUGGCCGUGGACGCCUUCUACCUCGACGCUUAUGAAGUCAGCAACGCGGAAUUCGAGAAGUUUGUGAACGCCACGGGCUACCUGACAGAGGCCGAGAGGUUCGGGGACUCGUUCGUGUUUGAAGGGCUGCUGAGCGAGCGCGUGAAGGCCGACAUCCAGCAAGCGGUGGCGGAGGCUCCCUGGUGGUUACCCGUGAAGGGGGCCAGCUGGCGGCACCCCGAGGGGCCCAACUCGACUCUGCUGCACAGGCUGGACCACCCGGUCCUCCACGUGUCCUGGAACGACGCUGUGGCCUUCUGUGCCUGGGCAGGCAAGCGGCUGCCCACGGAGGCUGAGUGGGAGUAUGGCUGCCGGGGGGGCCUGGAGGGCAGGCUCUUCCCGUGGGGCAACAAGCUGCAGCCCAGGGGCGAGCACUACGCCAACCUCUGGCAGGGCCACUUCCCGGUGAGCAACAGCGGCGAGGACGGCUUCCAAGGGACGGCCCCCGUGGAUGCCUUCCCGCCCAACAGCUUCGGCCUGUACAACAUGGUGGGCAACGCGUGGGAGUGGACGGCGGACUGGUGGGGCGUGACGCACUCGGCGGCCGGCGCGCGGAACCCGAAAGGCCCCCCGUCCGGGGAGAACCGCGUGAAGAAGGGCGGCUCCUACAUGUGCCACAAGGACAUCCCCGUGCUCUGCUGUCCUUCUGCAUUGCGGAUUAGGCCUACUGCUACAGGUACCGCUGCGCGGCGCGGAGUGAGAACACGCCUGACAGCUCGUCCUCCAACCUGGGUUUCCGCUGUGCGGCCGACCGCCUGCCCGCCGCGGGCUGAGCCCGGCCGCCCCGGCCAGCGCGUGCGUCCAGGGCGGCGUCUCCGGAGACCUCGGCCAAGAUCUCGUGUCUUCCACAGCGGCAGCGGCGCCGGGCUCCUGACUGCCCCCCGCCGUGACCUCUCGGGGUCCCCGCGCCCGCCCGCCCGCGUCCCCUCUGCCCCCGUCGGGCGGGACAGAGUCUAUCGUGAUUUUCUAGUGAGAAUUUAUGAGAGAUUAUUUUUGAGCUAUUUUCCCCACGCGUGGUAGGAAUCAUGGCACGUCUGGGCCUCGUGUUCAGGGGGCCGGGGCGGGGGGGGCCUUCUGUCCACACUGCACUUUGUGUUCCAAGGGGAUCAGUGUCUUGUUGUCACAGCGGGCCCGAGGCCACGCCGGGCUUUCGCUUUAGCAGUAAGUGCCUUUGGACCGAGGGCGGGGCCGGCCCCCCACGCCCGAAGCCUUCCCAGAGGACUCGGAGUGAGACGGCUUUAAUUUGGCUUUAAUUCUCGGCGAGGGAGGAAGGGACGCGGCCGGAGUUUCGGGCAGCGGGGCUGGGGCCGCCCAAUAAACGCAUCUCACCGUG